AUGUCUCUGCUCAACCCUGUCCUGCUGCCCCCCAAGGUGAAGGUCUAUCUGAGCCAAGGCGAGCGCUUCAUCAAAUGGGAUGAUGAAACUACAAUAGCCUCUCCAGUUAUCCUCCGUGUGGACCCCAAGGGCUAUUAUUUAUACUGGACAUAUCAGAGUAAGGAGAUGGAGUUUCUGGAUAUCACCAGCAUCCGGGACACCCGCUUUGGGAAGUUUGCCAAGAUACCCAAGAGCCAGAAGCUCCGGGAUGUCUUCAACUUGGACUUUCCUGAUAACAACUUCCUGCUGAAGACACUCACGGUGGUGUCUGGACCCGACAUGGUGGACCUCACCUUCCACAACUUUGUCUCCUACAAGGAGAACGUGGGCAAGGACUGGGCUCAGGAUAUACUGGCCCUGGUUAAGCACCCGCUGACGGCCAAUGCCCCCCGCUGCACCUUCCUGGACAAAAUCCUGGUGAAGCUCCAGAUGCAGCUCAAUCCUGAAGGGAAGAUUCCUGUGAAGAACUUUUUUCAGAUGUUUCCUGCUGACCGCAAGCGCGUGGAAGCUGCUCUCAGUGCCUGCCAUCUCGCAAAAGGCAAGAAUGAUGCCAUCAAUCCUGAGGACUUCCCAGAAUCUGUCUACAAGAGUUUCCUCAUGAACCUCUGUCCUCGGCCGGAAAUAGAUGAGAUCUUCACUUCCUACCACGCUAAGGCCAAACCGUACAUGACCAAGGAGCACCUGACCAAAUUCAUCAACCAGAAACAGCGGGACUCACGGCUCAACUCACUGCUGUUCCCACCAGCACGGCCUGACCAGGUGCAGGGACUCAUCGAAAAGUAUGAGCCCAGUGGCAUCAACGUGCAGAGGGGCCAGCUGUCACCCGAGGGCAUGGUCUGGUUUCUCUGUGGGCCAGAGAACAGCGUGCUGGCCCAGGAGAAGCUGCUGCUCCACCACGACAUGACGCAGCCACUCAAUCACUACUUCAUCAACUCCUCACACAACACCUACCUGACAGCUGGCCAGUUCUCAGGCCUUUCUUCGGCUGAGAUGUACCGGCAGGUGCUGCUGGCCGGCUGCCGUUGCGUGGAGCUAGACUGCUGGAAGGGGAAGCCCCCUGACGAGGAGCCCAUCAUCACCCAUGGCUUCACCAUGACCACAGACAUCUUCUUCAAGGAAGCAAUUGAAGCUAUUGCAGAAAGUGCCUUUAAGACCUCCCCCUAUCCUGUCAUCCUGUCAUUUGAAAAUCACGUGGACUCUCCCCGCCAACAGGCUAAGAUGGCUGAGUACUGCCGGAUGAUAUUUGGGGACAUGCUGCUCACAGAGCCCCUGGAAAAGUUUCCAGCUAAGAUGGCUGAGUACUGCCGGAUGAUAUUUGGGGACAUGCUGCUCACAGAGCCCCUGGAAAAGUUUCCAGUGAGUGGUCUUUCCUGUGGGACAUCUGGGCCUGGGGGCUGGGGUUAUGGGACAGGGUGUGGACCAGAGAAGAACCGAAGUUAUGUCAUCUCCUCCUUUACGGAACUCAAGGCUUAUGACCUGCUCUCCAAGGCCUCAGUGCAGUUUGUGGACUACAACAAGCGCCAGAUGAGCCGCAUUUACCCCAAGGGCACCCGCAUGGAUUCCUCCAACUACAUGCCCCAGAUGUUCUGGAAUACCGGAUGCCAAAUGGUUGCCCUCAACUUCCAGACGAUGGACCUGCCCAUGCAACAGAACAUGGCGCUGUUUGAGUUCAACGGGCAGAGUGGCUACCUCCUCAAGCAUGAGUUCAUGCGCCGGCCGGAGAAGCAGUUCAAUCCCUUCUCGGUGGACCGCAUUGAUGUGGUGGUUGCCACCACCCUUUCCAUUACGGCAAGGCCCUGA